GUGGUUGGAGAGGCAGCUGGUCUGGGCUGGAGAGAGUCCUGUCUCCUCUGUAGCUCGUGGACCAUGAGCAGCUCCCUUAGACGGCCUGAGAGCGGAAACCCUAGCGCAGUGCUGGACUGGAUCCUUAAAGGGACGACCUGAAGCAGAAGUUUUCCAGUAUUGAAGUCACCAGCUGAGGACAGGGACAGGUUACCCCUCUGUGGGAUAUCUCCCAGGUCUGGCUGGCCCAGGGGUACCACCCAUGAACGGGGCCACCCCACAACUGUUCCUGGAAGGUGGAGCCCUGGAGUCCCAGCACCUCACUCGCCGCUGCCUAUCAGCUAUUGAAUCUACAAAACAGCUAGAGGAAGAGGAGGAAGAGGAGGACGAAGAGGAAGAGGAGGAGGAGGAGGAGGAAAGUCAGAAAGACGAGAACAGCUUCUAUGCUGUACCUCUCCGAAGGACAGGGGCUUUUCGUGCCCACAGCCAUGACCCCUUCAAAAGACAUAGCUGGGGGCCCGGCAGGGAGUACCAGGACCCAGUGAUCAGGAGGCUGCAGGCAUCGGGAUGCCCAGGCCCCGAGGGAGCCCGCUCACUGCAGAGCCAAGAGGAGCUGGACACCCUCCUGGGACUACAGCAGCAGGGCGGCCAGCCCUCCCACCUGUGCUGGGGAUUGAACUCAGGACUUUGCACUUGCCAGGGCCUGGGCUCCGACCAUCCAUCUGCAGACUCCCUGGACCACGCGACUACUCACAUGCUUUGCAAGUCUGUAUCUAUGAGUGGCAUCAACUGCCUCCUGGACUACUCGGAUCCAGAAGGGAAUUUGUCCCAGACCUCUGCCACUGACCUCAGCACUCGCUGCAGCCAGCUGGAAGGGGGCUCAGGCACCUGGGCAGGCUCCUCCCUGCGACGGACCUUCAGCUUCCUCCUGGGCAUGACCGGCAAGGCCAAGACCCGGGAAAAAGAAAGGAUGAAGGAAGCCAAGGAUGCCCGCUAUACCAAUGGGCACCUCUUCACCACCAUCUCAGUGUCGGGCAUGACCAUGUGCUAUGCCUGUAACAAGAGCAUCACGGCCAAGGAAGCCCUCAUCUGCCCAACCUGCAAUGUGACUAUCCACAACCGCUGUAAAGACACCCUGGCCAACUGUACCAAGGUCAAGCAGAAGCAACAGAAAGCCGCUCUGCUGAAGAACAACUCUGCCCUGCAGUCUGUUUCUCUCCGCAGUAAGACAACCACCCGUGAACGGCCUAGCUCUGCCAUCUACCCCUCUGACAGCUUCCGGCAAUCCCUCCUUGGCUCCCGGCGUGGCCGCUCCUCCUUGUCUUUAGCCAAGAGUGUUUCUACCACCAACAUUGCUGGACAUUUCAACGAUGAAUCUGCCCUGGGGCUGCGUCGGAUCCUCUCUCAGUCCACAGACUCCCUCAACAUGCGGAACCGAACCCUCUCAGUGGAAUCUCUUAUUGAUGAAGGUGCAGAGGUGAUCUACAAUGAGCUGAUGAGUGACUUUGAGAUGGACGAGAAGGACUUCUCAGCCGAUUCCUGGAGCCUGGCUGUGGACAGCAGCUUUCUACAGCAGCAUAAAAAGGAGGUGAUGAAGCAGCAGGAUGUCAUCUAUGAGCUAAUCCAGACUGAGCUGCACCAUGUGAGGACGCUGAAGAUCAUGACGCGCCUCUUCCGCACGGGAAUGCUAGAGGAGCUGCAGUUGGAGCCAGGAGUGGUCCAGGGCCUGUUCCCCUGUGUGGAUGAGCUCAGUGACAUCCAUACACGCUUCCUCAGCCAGCUGUUGGAACGCAGGCGCCAGGCCUUGUGCCCUGGCAGUACCCGGAACUUUGUCAUCCACCGCUUGGGUGACCUGCUCAUCAGCCAGUUUUCAGGUCCCAGUGCUGAGCAGAUGCGGAAGACCUACUCAGAAUUCUGCAGCCGCCAUACCAAGGCCUUAAAGCUCUAUAAGGAGCUAUAUGCCCGGGACAAACGCUUCCAGCAGUUCAUCCGGAAAGUGACCCGCUCAGCUGUGCUGAAGCGGCACGGGGUCCAGGAGUGCAUCCUGCUGGUGACCCAACGUAUCACCAAAUACCCAGUGCUUAUCAGCCGGAUCCUGCAGCAUUCUCAUGGGAUGGAGGAGGAGCGCCAGGACCUGACAGCAGCCUUGGGGCUGGUGAAGGAGCUGCUGUCCAAUGUAGACCAGGAUGUGCACGAGCUGGAGAAAGGGGCCCGCCUGCAGGAGAUCUACAACCGCAUGGACCCUCGAGCCCAGGCUCCUGUGCCUGGCAAGGGCCCCUUUGGCCGAGAGGAGCUUUUACGGCGCAAGCUCAUCCAUGAUGGCUGCUUGCUCUGGAAGACAGCGACAGGGCGCUUCAAAGAUGUGCUGAUGCUGCUGAUGACAGACGUGCUAGUGUUUCUCCAGGAGAAGGACCAGAAGUACAUCUUUCCUGCCCUGGACAAGCCAUCAGUGGUGUCACUGCAGAAUCUGAUCGUACGGGACAUUGCCAACCAGGAGAAAGGGAUGUUUCUCAUCAGCGCAGCCCCACCUGAGAUGUAUGAGGUUCACACAGCAUCACGGGAUGACCGUAGCACCUGGAUCCGCGUCAUUCAGCAGAGUGUGCGCAUAUGCCCAUCCCGGGAGGAUUUCCCCCUGAUUGAGACAGAAGAUGAAGCUUACCUGCGACGCAUCAAGAUGGAGCUGCAGCAGAAGGACCGUGCGCUGGUGGAGUUGCUGCAGGAGAAGGUCGGGCUGUUUGCAGAGAUGACCCACUUCCAGGCAGAGGAGGACUCCGGCAGUGGGAUCCCUCUGCCUACCCUGCCCAGGGGCCUUUUCCGCUCCGAGUCCCUUGAGUCACCUCGUGGUGAGCGCCUGCUGCAGGAUGCCAUCCGUGAAGUGGAGGGGUUGAAAGACCUGCUGGUGGGGCCUGGUGUGGAGCUGCUUCUGACAUCCCGGGAACCAGCCCUGCCACUGGAACCAGAUAGUGGUGGGAACACAAGUCCUGGGGUCACUGCCAAUGGUGAAGCCAGAACUUUCAAUGGCUCCAUUGAGCUCUGUAGAGCUGACUCAGACUCUAGCCAGAAGGAUCGGAAUGGAAAUCAGCUGAGAUCCCCCCAAGAGGAGGUGUUACAGCGAUUGAUCAACCUCUACGGACUUCUCCAUGGCCUGCAGGCGGCUGUGGCCCAGCAGGACACUUUGAUGGAAGCCCGGUUCCCUGAGGGUCCUGAGCGGCGGGAGAAGCUGUCCCGAGCUAACUCUCGGGACGGGGAGGCUGGCAGGGUUGGAGUCCCUGUAGCUCCUGAAAAGCAGGCCACAGAGCUGGCGCUACUGCAGCGGCAGCACGCACUGCUGCAGGAGGAGCUGCGGCGCUGCAGGAGGCUGGGGGAAGAACGGGCAACAGAGGCUGGCAGCCUAGAGGCCCGGCUUCGAGAGAGUGAGCAGGCCCGGGCCCUGCUGGAACGGGAGGCUGACGAGGCUCGAAGACAGCUGGCUGCCUUAGGCCACACAGAACAGCUCCCAGCCGAGGCACCGUGGGCUCGCAGGCCUCUAGACCCUCGACGACGUAGCCUCCCAGCAGGCGAUGCCCUGUACUUGAGCUUCACCCCCCCACAGUCCAGCCGAGGCCAUGACCGUCUGGAUCUGCCUGUGACGAUUCGCUCUGUGCACCGACCCUGUGAGGACCGAGAGAGGCAGGAGCUAGGCAGUCCCGACGAGCGACUGCAGGACAGCAGUGACCCUGAUACCGGCAGCGAGGAGGAAGGUAGCAGUCGUCUGUCUCCACCCCACAGUCCACGAGACUUCACCAGAAUGCAAGACAUCCCAGAGGAGACAGAAAGUCGUGACGGGGAACCCCUGGCUUCAGAGAGCUAAGGGGGCUCUUUCCCCUGCCUGGUGCCCCACUGAAGAACACGCUGCUGGGGCAAAUGUAGGGGACUCCAGUCUGCCAAUGAUGAGGGAACAUUUGAAAGAACUGCUGAUUGUCCUUGCCAGCUCUUGGGAUCCUUGGAUACCUGGGGCCAUUUAGGAAACUGGGGGAUUUAGGUCACAAUCUCCUCCAAUGGCAUCCAAAAGCUACACCACAGAUGCCAAUUUGUCAUGCCUUCUUCCCUCUACUUUAGGAAAAUUUAUUUAUUUAUUGUUUAUUAGUUAUGGGGGGAGAGGGAAGAUUUAAAGGACCAGGGACAUGGGAACCAAGCCAUAGGGAUAGGGGGCCUUGUCCUUUUACACUACUGGGGUACACUCAGGCUUCCCCAGCAGCUGCAGACCGUCCCCAGCAAUACCCACCUGUGACAAAAGACUGCAACCACAGGGCACUCCUGCCCCUGUAAGGAGGGCUGUGGGCUAGCCGUGUCCCUCUCCCCACUCCCUUCACCCUCUCACCGCUGUUCUCCCUUCUCUUGAUCCUCCAGGAAAACCAGGGAGAUUACCUGCUCCCUGGAGUUGAUGGAGGAGAGGUUAGGGUGGCCAUAAUGGCUUAUUGAGGGUGAGGGAAAAACCCACAGGGACCAGAAGGUUUUGUUGUUUUCUUUUCUUUUUUGUACCAAAGCCAGCUGCACGUGUUUUAUAUUUUUAAGAGAAGACGUAGACAUUUAGAGAUCACCCCCUGCUAUCUCCACAUCUCAGUUCAAGGGGUGGGGGAGCAGUGACUUCUCCCUCCACCUGCAGUAAUAGGGCUCCUAUUCUGACCUCUUUAUCAGCCAUUUGGAGAAAGUUCUAGGGUAGGUUGAGAAAUCUCUACAAACCCUGGCCUUGUCUCCCACCUCAGUGACCAUGACUUGAAACUUCAUUGUGAAUUUGGAGGAUUUUUCAAUGAACAAUGCCUACCAGCUCCAGCCAUUUUUCUGCCAAUUUGAUGUUUAAAAAAAAAAAAAAAGAAAGAAACAAACAAAAAGAAAAACAGGAAAAUUAAAGACCUGAAACCCAAUGAGGUGCUGUCUUGUAAUGUCUGUCACUUCUGAUGCAUUGGUGACAGAGAGGUGGGCAGUGAUCUCAGUUCCUCUGAUGGAGCCUUUUCCUCUCACCAGUCAGCCUGUUUCUACCUCAGUGAAAGAGAGAGGGCACUAGGAAAGGAAACCACUACAAAACUUUUAUUUAAAAACUUGCAGACGUGGGCACAAUGAAGUGGCCCUCGGCUCCAGGGACUCUUGGAAACUCCAGUAUACAAAACUUGUUUUCAUCUUUUUUGUGUACUGCGCUCUGAAGUGACUUGUGCCUGUUGGUCCUUCUGGCACAGUUCCUGUUACCCUGUCCAGAGAGUCACUUCUUUUCAGAUCUAGUCCCCCCACCCCUUCCCUGGUGUUUCUAGUGUCAGACACCUCGGAUGACCCCUUCUCAGAGCUCGUUUGCUCUUUGCCUCUGCAAGAGAUAGCUGAUUUCAGUUCUUGUUUUUUUUGGGGGGGGCUUGGGGUUCUCUCACUUCUUGUUUCUUAUUGAUAACACUGUGCUUGGUCUGUGAUGGUAGGGAGUCCCAGGCUAUGCACCCAUUGGAGCCUCUGGGGUAAGAUGAGAAGAAAGUGCUCAAGACCCCAGCUAGAAAGAGGAAUUGAAAUUGCACUGGGGUAGGGGGUUGGGCAGCACCCUCCCCUGCACGGGCAUCUGGCCCUUACAAAGUGUUUUCUCAUCUGUGGGAAUCCUGGGUGGGAGAGGUUCUCGUGUUACCCAUGGGUGCAAAAAGCAUGCUGGACUAGGUAGGCAAAGCAGGAAGGGGCCAGCCCUCCAUUUGCCUCCUUUGGCUACUCGGCUUGAAAGCACCAGGGCUUCACAUUCCAAACAGUAACCGGGCUUUUAGCAGCUGUCCUCCAUGGUGGCCUGCAGCAGCUGAGAACCAUACCUGUAAGGUGGAGCAAGGCUGGUGGGAGUGGGUGGAAUGUUCACCUCCAAAAACCACCAAGAGAAGGGACUGUGCUAUCUUGCAAUGUUCCCUUAUGGGUUUGGAAUCAAAAUGGGAAAUCUGGAGACAGAUCCCAAAGAGGGUGUGGACAAGCCCACAACUCUCCAGAGAACAGUGUAGCUUGUGCAUCCUUUCCUCCACCAAAACCCCUUCCUAUCUUCAUCC